GAAGGCCAUAUUUGAACUAGCAUGUCAGACGAGGAAACUAAUUCAUGGCCGGUUGCGUUAAUUGUUUUCUUAAUCUUGAUCACAGGUACGCUUGUUGCUGGAGAUUCUCUGGACACAGACAAAGAAGUCCUGCUAAAUCUGAAAGCAUUCUUUGAAGGAAAUAAUCAAAUAAACCGAGGAAAAUACUCACAGUGGAACAAGCAGAGCAAUAACCCAUGUGAAUGGCCAGGAAUAAAUUGCAGUACUACUACCAGAACAGCAAGAGUCACUAGCAUCGACCUCUCAGACAACAAAAUCUCCGGCAAGUUAUUCGGAAACUUCUCGUUGCUAACUGAGCUCUCUUUCCUCGACCUAUCCAAGAACACUCUCAGUGGAGUGAUUCCUGAGGACUUAAACCGGUGCCAAAACCUUGUGCAUCUCAAUCUCUCACAUAACAUUCUUGACGGCCACCUGAACUUGACAGGGUUGAAUAAGCUUGAGAGGCUUGAUAUUUCUGUCAAUAGAAUAUGUGGGGAGGUCCAGUUGAGCCUCCCAACAAUUUGUGACAAGUUGGUUGUGUUGAAUAUAUCGGCGAAUAACUUCAUGGGCGUGAUCCAUGGCAGUUUUGAUACAUGCCAGAAUUUGCAGUUCUUGGAUUUGAGCUCAAACAAGUUAAGUGGGGAAUUAUGGAUUGGUUUUGAAAGGCUGCUUGAGUUUUUUGCCUCAGAAAACAAUUUUAACAGGCCUAUUUUGUCAUCAAUGUUUGGUACUAACUGUAACCUGCAAGUUUUAGAACUGUGUGAAAAUGGUUUUACUGGUCAGGUUCCAGGGAAUAUAUCAAAUUGUCGAAAUUUGGUUAUUUUGAAUCUGUUGAGUAAUAAUUUUACAGGAAAAAUACCAGCCGAGAUGGGAUCAAUUUCUAGUCUUCAAACUUUGUACUUAGGGAACAACAGCUUUUCCAAUGACAUUCCUGAUUCACUUCUCAGCUUGAAUAAUUUAACCUUCUUGGAUUUGAGUAGGAACAAUUUUGGAGGAAAUAUACAAGAGAUUUUUGGGAAAUUCACUCAGGUUAAGUUUCUUGUAUUGCACAGCAAUUUGUAUAUCGGUGGGAUAUAUACAUCGGGAAUUCUCAAGCUUCCUAACAUUUCUAUAUUAGACCUGAGCUUUAACAAAUUUUCAGGUCCACUUCCAGUUGAAAUCUCUGAAAUGCCAAGUUUGAAGUUCUUGAUCCUUGCUUACAAUGAAUUUUCUGGAACUAUACCAUCAGAAUAUGGAAACCUGUCCCGCCUGCAAGCACUUGACCUCUCUUUUAACAGGCUAAAUGGAUCAAUACCUCCCACCUUUGGAAAUUUGAGGACACUCUUAUGGUUGAUGCUUGCAAAUAAUUCCCUAUCAGGGGAGAUUCCACCGGAUUUGGGAAAUUGUACAAGCUUGUUGUGGUUGAACCUUGCCAACAACCAGCUUUCUGGGAAAAUCCCACCUCAAUUGACAAAUAUUGGUACAAAUGCCUCAGCAACUUUCGAGUCUAAUCGCCGGGAAAAUGACCGGAUUGUUGGUGGCUCAGGGGAGUGUUUGGCGAUGCAGAGGUUGAUUCCUGCAAACUACCCUCCUUUCAGUUUUGUGUAUGACAUCCUCACAAGGAAGAGUUGUAGAAGCAAAUGGAAUUGGAUACUUCAAGGAAAUGGCAUUUUCCCAAUAUGUGUAGCUGCUUCGUCAGUCAGGACCUUUCAAAUCCCCGGUUAUGUUCAACUAAGUGGGAAUCGGCUUUCAGGUGAGGUCCCUCCAGAUAUUGGUAAGAUGCAGAAGCUCAUUAUCUUAAAUUUGGGCUUCAAUGAAUUCUCUGGGAAGCUCCCUCCUCAAAUUGAAAAAAUGCCGCUUGUAGUGCUAAACAUUUCCAAUAACAAGUUUUCUGGUGAAAUUCCUGGGGAGAUUGGUAACAUUAAGUGCCUACAGAAUCUGGACUUAUCCUGCAACAAUUUUUCUGGUAUGUUCCCAGCAAGCUUUAUCAACCUGAGUGAGCUAAGCAUGUUCAAUAUCUCAUACAAUCCACUGAUCUCUGGUGUAAUUCCAAUAACCGGGCAAUUUUCAACGUUUGAGAAGUUGUCCUAUCUCGGUGACCCCCUUUUGGAACUACCAAAUUUCAUUGACAACACCUCAGAUAAGUUACCACGCAGUACCAAUCAUAAUGGGAAGACAGAGAGGCCUAAUAGCUCUUCUGUAUUCUUGGUGCUCCUAGCUUUGACAGUGACUUUCUUAACAUUUGGGUUAUUCUCACUCAUAAUCGUCAUAGCUAGCCCCAAAAUUUGA